AUGAUUGAAAUUACGGCAAAACUCGUUCGAGGCCCUGUGUAUUUUUCCGGAGAGAUUGUAGAAUGUUUGGUGACGUUUACUAAUCCUCCGAAUCCAAAUCAUCAAAUAUCACAAAGUCACAGUGAUCUAUUCGAGAGUCUUGCAUGGGCGAGUGCACAAGUCCAUUGCCAGUGUACAAUGAACAGCAAAAUGGUACUUUCAGAGAAAAUAAAUACUGCAGCUCGCUCAAUAGCAAUUAACGCAAAUACUACCUUUGCACCAUGGCAACAGGACAAUGGACAUGUAGUGCUGAAUACAAAGCCGAAAAUCUUAUGUUGUGAUUUAAGACUGUUACCUGGAGAAAGUAAGACUUAUAUUUAUCGUGAAACAAUACCAAGUGACGCUCCACCUUCAUACAGAGGACAAGCUGUAAAAUAUUCUUAUAAGAUUACAAUUGGAACACAAAGAGUGAAUACAGUUAUAAAACUAUUACGAGUACCAUUCAGAGUACUUUCUUUAAGUGAAUUACCAGAGAUAACAGCGUGCAAUGAUAGUGUGGAUCUGAGUCCGAACAAUCCAUUUAUGGAAACACAACAUAGGGAAACUCCAUUAGAUAUUGCUCUACAAACAUUACAGAAUUUAACAGCCAGACGCAGUCCAAACUUUUACAACGUGACAAACGGCCGCGGACGCGUAGUACGAUUCUGCCUCUUUAAGAAUUCCUACAAACUCGGUGAGGACAUUGUUGGAACCUUCGACUUUUCGAAUGCGACUGUAUCCUGCGUUCAGGUAUCCGUGUCUCUACAGUCAGAAGAGCACGUGUCGGAAGAGUACAAACGGGGGAAGACCGCAACGCCGACAUUGAUCAGCUACAACAAGCAUCACGAGAUGUGUCUUGGUCUCAGGUAUUCACACCUGGUGCUACCGAUACCUUUGCACGUUACGCCAGAUUUUACUACCGAUUUGGUGACACUCAAGUGGCGAUUGCAUUUCGAGUUCGUCACAACGCCGAAACUGAUGGAUAUGCCCAAUGAGAAUACUAUAAGUUGGCAUGGACCGUCGACUCUGGAUGUCGAAACGAUGAUUUGGGAUCUUCCAUUGCACAUUCAUCCAACCACUACUCCACCGAACAUGCCACAACAGACGAAAUACAACACCAUCAUAUAGGUACCAUAACAUAGUAUAUGCACGUAUAUCUAAUAAAACAUCAAUUAAUAUUAACAAUAAUAUAAC